AUGGCUCCCUCCACGUUGACCAUCCACCACCUCCAACGCAGCCAAUCCGAGCGCAUCCUAUGGCUGCUGGAAGAGCUCUCCAUUCCCUACAACCUAGAGCUCUACCAACGCAGCCCACUACUUGCCCCAACCUCCCUCAAGAAAUUAACACCGCAAGGCUCCGCGCCCGUCCUCGCAGAAGGCGACCUCCUCCUCUCCGAAUCAAUGGCCAUCGCAACCUACAUCCUAACCAAGCACGCACCGCCCUCAUCCAACAACAACAACAACAACACCCUGACCAUACCACCCGAAGACCCGGGCUACGCAACCUAUCUCUACUGGCUGUACUUCAUCCUGACCUCGCUGCAGCCCGCCGGCAGCACCUGCAUGUUCGUGUACUUCGACCCGAACAUCGCCAACGACGCGCCCGGCCGCAGCUUCCCGCGCCAGCGCUUCCAGAAGCAGGUCACCCUCGUCGAGCAACGGCUGGCCGAGGCCCCAUUUUUGGCGGGUGAUCGCUUCACCCUUGUUGAUGUUAUGGCUCUCUGGUGCUUUACUACUCAGCGCACGUUCUUGCCCUGGAGCUUGGCGCCGUAUCCUAAUAUCCAGGCCUACGUGGGCCGUUUGACGGAUCGCCCGGCUUAUAAGCGGGCUAUGGAUAAGGGGGACCAUGGGCUGCCGAUUUUGAAUGGGGUGGAACCUGGUGAGAAGAAGGCUGUGUUUUGA